UUAGCCCUCUAUGACCCCGCCAGCCUUCCGUCCUCGUGUUUAAAGAGCCUUACUGCGGCUCGUGAACGCAGCUCGUCCACACAGUCAGCGGCUGAACUUUGGAGCAAACUCACCACGAUCAGCCUUCGUGAGUCAAACAGGAAGAAACCAUGGCCGGGCCUCCUGUCGUUAUCUGGGAGCACGAAGUGAAGCCGCUGUUGCGUUACCGGGAGCUGGUCCCCCGUCUGGAGGAAGCUUUGGGGAAAUUCUCCAGACGAGACAGCGCAGAGGUGAUCCAGCCGACGCGCACCACUGUGCCGCUGCAGAAGCACAGCGGCUUCCUGGGCUUGAUGCCUACUUACAUGGAGAAUGACGGGAUCCUGUGCACAAAAUUGGUGUGUUUCUACAAAAGGGAGGACGGUUCAAAGCUGCCGUCCACAAACGCAACAGUGGUGCUGCUGGACCCGGAGUAUGGGAAUGUAAAGGCUGUCAUGGAUGGAGAGUUAAUAACAAGCAUGAGGACAGCUGCAGUCUCGGCCAUCUCUGCUAAGUUUCUGAUGGAUCCUGAAGCAAAGGUGUUGGCUAUCUUGGGGACUGGCAAACAGGCCUUAAGUCAUUACAAUGCAUUCACAGAAAUGUUUUCAUUUAAAGAGGUGCGCGUGUGGAGCCGCACGAGACAGGGAGGCGAGAGGUUUUGUAGCUCGGUCAGUGGUCCGGUGAUGAUUUGUGCCUCAGUGGAGGAGGCGGUGAGGGUGGCGGACGCCAUAGUGACGGUAACCAGAUGUACAGAGCCAGUGCUCUUUGGUCAGUGGGUUAAACCAGGAGCCCAUGUGGCAGCAGUGGGAGCUUGCAGGCCAAACUGGCGGGAACUGGAUGACGUGUUGAUGAAGGAGGCGGUGGUGUACACCGACAGCAGGGAGGGAGCUAUGGCAGAGUCCGGUGACGUCAUCCUCUCUGGGGCUGAGGUGUUUGCAGAGCUCGGAGAUAUUAUUAAUGGGACAAAACCUGCCCUCCGAGAGAAGACAACUGUGUUCAAAUCCCUUGGAAUGGGAGUUCAGGAUGCAGUGUCUGCUAAGCUGGUAUUUGACCAAUGGAAAGCCAAAGCCAGUCACCCAUGAAGCGGUCAAGUAUUUAAAUCCUGAUAUGUUUGUUUUACACAAUAGAAUAAAAUCAACAGCAUCACACAAAAGCAAGUCAACUGAGAUGGGAUUUAAGAAGUGAUUCAAAAGAAGACAGCGAGCCUUAUCUCCUCUGGCAGGUCGUUCCAAAGCUGAGGGGCCCUGAUGGCAAGCAAGGUCACCUCUAGAUCCUUCCAACCUCCUAACCGACGUCCAGGCUAAUUAUUUAUAUGGUCGUUAAAAAUAUGUAAUUAUUGACUGGCCCCUGGCUUCCCCUCAUUUUGCAAAAUUGACCCAUAGGCAAGUUGAGUAUCCCUGCACUAGAUAGGCCAACAAACAUUGCCAUCCCAGGAAAGUAAAUCUAAGUGUGUUUGUCCACUGCAGCACUGAAACACUGACAAAAUGAGUCCAAAUUUACAUCGGCUUCCUGGAGCAAAAGUGCAAUUUAAUCAUUGCUCAUUCCUAAAGAAAAUGUAUUUGCUGAGUAGUUAGUGCUCAUAUUGUCUCUCUCAAUUAGACAAGAAGACAAAGCAUUUUUUAACAUGAGUAAUUUGGUAUCAAUCUUUGCAAAUUUCUUUAUACAUAAUUGUAAGUUUAGCAACAGAAAACUUAGUACUGUCUAUUUUCUGAAGUAUGUGAAACUACUCAGUGAUUCCACUAAAAAGUCUAUAACAAGACACUUGAUAUUUGUAUGUUUUAUAUAUGUUUUUUUUUUUUUUUUUUUAAAGUAAUAUCCA